AUGACUCUCCCAGAAACAGCUCAGGCUGUCAACCAAGUCUGUGUUCUGCAUCCUGGAGGCUCAUUUGCCUAUGAAGAACGUGGUAUGCCUACGCUCCAAUCCACUAGAGAUGUCCUGGUUCGAAUCAUAGCAACCGGCCUCUGUGGCUCAGAUGUACACUAUUGGCAGCACGGCCGGAUCGGGCGAUAUGUCGUUGAAAAGCCCAUCGUCCUUGGUCACGAGUCCGCAGGGGUCGUGAUAAGUUGUGGGAGCGACGUCAAGGACGUCGCUGUGGGCGAUCGAGUGGCUCUGGAGCCUGGCAUAUCUUGCAACACCUGCCACCAUUGCCGCGCGGGCCGCUACAAUCUUUGCGAUGCCAUGCGCUUUGCUGCAACACCACCCUACGACGGAUCGCUGUCGACGUACUACCGCGUACCAUCGGAGUGUUGUUAUAAGCUGCCGUCACAUGUGUCGCUGCGAGAUGGCGCGCUGAUCGAACCUCUGAGUGUAGCUGUGCACAGCUGUAGGUUAGCUGGAGCGAUGCAGGAGCAAUCAGUGGUCAUAUUUGGUGCCGGGCCGGUCGGCUUGCUAUGCUGUGCCGUUGCGCGCGCGUUCGGGGCAUCAACAGUGGUCGUCGUUGACCUCGUAACAAGUCGCCUCAGUUCUGCGAGCAGCUUCGGGGCCACACACACAUAUCAAAUGACCUCAGCGUCACCGGAACAGAAUGCAGGAGACCUUUCAGCCACGGCUGGAUUGGAGGCGGGCGCUGAUAUCGUUCUGGAUGCGACCGGAGCGGAGCCCUGCAUGAGCUGCGGCAUAUUCGCACUCGCCCCUGGUGGAACGUUUGUCCAGGUGGGACUGGGCAAACCGAAUGUUUCCCUUCCUGUCGGUCAAAUUUGUGACAAAGAGAUCGUGUUGAAGGGGAGCUUCCGGUAUGGCCCGGGAGACUUCAAAUUGGCCAUCGGCCUGCUGAACUCCCAGAGAAUCAGCUUAGAUGGCCUCAUCACUCACGAGUUUCUUUUUUCACAGGUGGAGUGUGCGUUCAAAAAUGUCGCCAGUCGUGCUGGGAUUAAAAGCGUAAUUUACGGGCCCGAUGUAGACGAGAAAUUAGCCAAAAGGUGUUUAGACUAG